AUGGCAGUUUUUGAUGACUUCUCUCGAGCCACGGGUCUAAGAGCACAUCCUGCAAAAUGCAAGAUUUACUUUGGGGGUGUGCAUCAUAUGGUUAAAAAUGAUAUCCUGCAGGCUACCGGUUUCCGCGAAGGAGACAUCCCUUUUAGAUACUUGGGUGUACCUCUGUCUAGUAGAAAACUCACAAUCCAACAAUGCUAUCCAUUAAUUGAGAAGAUUACAGCUAGGAUUCAUCACUGGUCAGCGAGACUUUUGAGUUAUGCUGGGCGAUGCCAACUUAUCAAAAGUGUCUUGUUUUCUAUCUCUGCAUUUUGGAUGCAAGUUUUGCCUUUGUCCCAAAAAAUUAUUCAACAUGUCGAAGCUCUGUGCAGAAGCUACCUUUGGAGUGGGAAGGAGGGACUUAGCAGGAAAAGUCUAGUGUCAUGGGAGAAUCUGUGCAAACCCAAAUCUGCAGGGGGACUGUACAUUACAGACUUACAAACCUGGAACAAGGCAACGUUGAGGAAACUGCCUUGGAAUAUCCACUUGAAAUUGGAUCGUCUUUGGAUUCGAUGGCUGGACACUUUCUAUUUCAAAGGAGAGGAUGUGUUAGCAUGGCAGUCCACACCUAAUAGUUCGUGGAUCUUAAAGAAAAUUGUGAAACACAAGACUGAAGUGAGUUCGACAAAACACUGGACUGAGGCGAUUAAUUCUGGCCGUUACAAGACUGGUGCUGUGUAUAAGGAGUUAUGUGGUAAUAUGGAACAUGUUAGUUGGAAGCAUAUUUUGAUUGACAACCAUGCUAGACCGCGGGCGUGCUUUACUUUGUGGAUGGCUCUCUUGAAACGGUUACCCACAAAGAAGCGGUUAGUACGGUUUGGCAUUGUGGUAAACUUAAAGUGUUGCUUUUGCGAUGAGGAAGAGGACAUACAACACUUGCUUUUUGGCUGCACUUAUACCAAAGCUAUCUGGCAGCAGGUUUUGAAUAAUUUGCAUAUCCAACAUGGACCUCUUGAAUGGUAUCAAGAGGUGGAGUGGAUGUCUAAAGAAUCAAAGCCUAAAGGUGCUCAAAGAUUGAUCCUGAAAUUAGCGUUUGCGGAGACUGUUUACGAGAUUUGGCAUGAGAGAAAUAUGAGAAUUUUUAAUGAUAUCAAUUCUGGUAUGAGGCUAGUUGACAGAAUUACUGAGAAUAUUACAACUAGGUGUAAUAUGUAUAGGAAGCUUAGUAUACAUGUUAGUAUGUAA